CUCCCCGGUGCUGGUCCGGCUAUUGUUGUGCCUCUUCCCGGACACGCACUGGCCCAGCAGCAGGCGCCCGCCUCUGGAUAUUCCAGCCGUUGUGCUCCUCUUUUCUGCUCCCCAGCAGCACCACACCGACACGCCGAGCGAGCUCUCGUCGGUGUUUCUCGGCUCCUCGCGGAGGACUUCGGACGAGGGAAGUGGUGGAUCGGUAUGGGACGGACGGAGGGCUGAGCGUCCACGUUUGAGAGCGCCUGACCGGCUCCUUCCAUUUUAUCGACGCGAAAAAGAGCCACGACAACCCGAAACAACCGCGGGACGCAUGUAGUCCGAGGACAACGGUGUAAAGGUCGCGUUUAAGGCUGGACGAUGGGUUGCGUCAAGAGUAAAGAGGACAAGGACUCGGCGCUAAAGUACCGACCAGAUAACCCCAACGCCUCGCCCAUCAAUGCCCAUCUGGGCCACUACGGGCCGGAGCCCACCAUGAUGGGUCAGUCCCCGGCCAUGAAGACUCACAACAACAGCUAUAACAGCCACGCUGCUUCACUGACUCCCUUCGGCGGAGCCUCCUCCAUCAUGACUCCCUUCGGCGGCGCCUCCACCUCCUUCACCUCGGUAGCCGUGAGCAGUCCCUUCCCCGGCGUCAUCACAGGCGGCGUGACGUUCUUCGUGGCGCUGUACGACUACGAAGCGCGGACGGCGGACGACCUGUCGUUCAAAAAAGGGGAUCGCUUCCAGAUCAUCAACAACACGGAGGGCGACUGGUGGGAGGCGCGCUCCAUCAACACCGGAGAGAAAGGCUACAUCCCCAGCAACUAUGUGGCCCCGGCCGACUCCAUCCAGGCAGAAGAGUGGUAUUUUGGCAAAAUGGGCCGCAAAGAUGCCGAGCGUCUCCUGCUGGUUCCGGGAAAUCAGAGGGGAACCUUCUUGGCGAGGGAGAGCGAAACCACCAAGGGCGCGUACUCGCUGUCGAUCCGGGACUGGGACGAUGUCAAGGGCGACAACGUCAAGCACUACAAAAUCCGAAAGCUGGACAACGGCGGGUACUACAUCACCACCCGGGCGCAGUUUGAGAACCUGCAGAAGCUGGUCAAGCACUACACAGAACAUGCGGACGGGCUGUGCUACCGACUGACCACGGUGUGUCCGACAGUGAAGCCUCAAACUCAGGGUCUGGCUAAAGACGCCUGGGAGAUCCCGAGAGAGUCUCUCCGACUGGAGGUGAAGCUGGGCCAGGGCUGCUUUGGAGAAGUCUGGAUGGGCACGUGGAAUGGCACGACCAAAGUGGCUAUCAAGACCCUGAAGCCCGGGACCAUGUCUCCGGAGGCUUUCCUGCAGGAGGCGCAGAUCAUGAAGAAGCUGCGGCAUGACAAGCUGGUGCCCCUGUACGCCGUGGUGUCGGAGGAGCCCAUCUACAUCGUCACCGAGUUCAUGGGCAAAGGAAGCUUGCUGGACUUCCUGAAGGAAGGCGAUGGGAGGUUCCUGAAGCUGCCGCAGCUGGUGGACAUGGCGGCCCAGAUCGCAGACGGCAUGGCCUUCAUCGAGAGGAUGAACUACAUCCACCGGGACCUGAGAGCCGCCAACAUUCUGGUGGCCGAUAACCUGGUGUGUAAAAUCGCUGACUUCGGCCUGGCGCGACUCAUCGAGGACAACGAGUACACGGCCAGACAAGGCGCCAAGUUCCCCAUCAAGUGGACGGCGCCUGAAGCCGCUCUGUACGGCCGCUUCACCAUCAAGUCGGACGUGUGGUCGUUCGGAAUCCUCCUGACCGAGCUGGUGACCAAAGGCAGAGUUCCAUAUCCAGGCAUGGUGAACCGGGAGGUGCUGGAGCAGGUGGAGCGCGGCUACCGCAUGCCGUGUCCGCAGGGCUGCCCCGAGUCGCUGCACGAGAUGAUGCGGCAGUGCUGGAAGAAGGAGCCGGACGAGAGGCCCACCUUCGAGUACAUCCAGUCCUUCCUGGAAGACUACUUCACCGCCACCGAGCCUCAGUACCAGCCCGGGGACAACCUCUGAGCUGAGCAGGGACCGGAUCCAGAAGCAGGCGUGCUGGAGCCCGGCUCGACCCCCGGCCCGCCGGGACCAUCAGGGAGGUGACCGUGACACUGUGGGCAGUAGCACGUCCUGCUACCACGACUGACUCCCUUUUGCUUUUACUGCCACGUUUCACACGGACGUGAGUCUGACUUGACUCUUUUAGGCUCUGCUUCUUUAAGAACCGCCCGGCGGUCAGGGUCGGCGUGGAGCAGGGCGGGUGGGAGAUCAAACCGAAGUAUUUUAGUCGGGUGUGAGAGAAGAGCUGGGGUUUGCAUGACGACUGGGACGCCAACUCUUCAUUGUGAUCAAAGUUUGUGUUCCGACAUUUUAUAAAUGUUUCAAAGAGUAACGUGUUUUGACCCUUCUGAUUCACACAGUGUAUUUUUCUGACAGAUUUUUAACUGAUGCUAGAAGAGACUGGUGUAGCUGAUGAUGAUGAUGAUGAUUGGUAGCAGGAUAGCGAUGCAAGUUCUCGUCCCAGAAUAGACAAAGAGCCCUGUGAAUGGCUGCCUUGUCGCCGGCCAAGAAACCCCGAAGAAAGUCCUGACCCAGACCCACAGAGAGGGUCCCCAUUAGAGCGGUCUUCACUCAGUGGAGUGUGAGGAUGAUGGCCCUGGGGCAGAGAUCACGGCUGCACCAGCCGCUGACAGAUUCUGACUGGAGACUGUCCUUCCUCUGCUGGUGGGUCUGGGUCACGGGGGUCUCUGCCGAUGCCCUCAUGGGCAGCGCUGAUCUUCUUCAGUGGCAGUGAGGCUCUUUCAGGACCACCAACAUCCAGGGCCAAUUCCACUCCCUGGAGAGCAAGCUCCGCACCAGUCGGUGGACCUUGCUCUUGACGGAGAGUAAUAACAAUGGAACAACUUCCUGUGUUUCACCAUCAUGUUGAGGAAUCCAGGAAAAGCUUCACUGACAUCGGGACGGAACCGGCCGGUCCUGCUCGGGAACUCUGAGCUUCAUCUCUCUGACAGAGGAACAUCGGGUUGUGUAGGCGUGUGUUGAUGCUGUAUGUGAGAAGAUUUUGUACAGAAAAGAAAAAAUAAAAGAUUUACCUGCGAGUAAAGUGGUCUUUUAUUUA